UUUGACAAAUUUUAACACUUGACAGUUUUUUGCACCUUUAUAGAUUGGAUAGGUAUAGUCUGGGAUUCCUAAGAGUUUUGUGUUUCACCUGUUAUGUAGUUUUUUAAUUAAAAUUCUAAAGGCAUCAUUUAUAAAGAAAAAGUAAGGAGAGUCUUUUCCGCAAAUAUGAUGGCAGAUCAAAGCUUUUCUCGUAGUGAAUUAAUAGGACUUGUGCUGCGGUUAACAUUAGUUUCUGCUGUUACUUUUAUUAGUAUAAAAUGGAUAAUGAAUCAAGUAGAUCCAACAAAUAAAAGUAAAAAGAAAGCGAAACAGCGAGCCCAAGAACAACUUAAAAGGUUAGCUGAAGGAAGUAAGCAAGCACCACUUUCGGUGGAUAAAUUAACAGACUAUGAACUUAUGAUAGCUGCCCAUUUAGUUCAUCCAGAAGAUAUUAAAGUCGGGUGGAAUGAUAUUGCUGGAUUAGAAUCCUUAAUUCAAGAUUUGAGAGAAACUGUAAUAUUGCCAAUCCAGAAGAAAGAAUUGUUCUUAGACUCGCAACUAACUCAACCACCUAAAGGAGUAUUGCUACAUGGUCCUCCAGGUUGUGGAAAAACUUUGAUAGCAAAAGCAACAGCCAAAGAAGCAGGAACACGAUUCAUAAAUUUAGAUGUGUCCAUCUUAACUGACAAAUGGUAUGGGGAAAGUCAGAAACUGGCAGCAGCAGUGUUUACUCUAGCUGUUAAAUUACAGCCAUGCAUAAUUUUUAUUGAUGAAAUUGACUCCCUAUUACGUGCUCGUAAUUCAACAGACCAUGAAGCCACAGCAAUGAUGAAGGCACAGUUUAUGUCUUUUUGGGAUGGGCUUAUCACUGAUUCAAACUGUACAGUAAUUGUUAUGGGAGCUACCAAUAGACCUCAAGAUCUAGACCGAGCUAUCUUAAGGAGAAUGCCAGCAGCAUUCCAUGUACCAAUGCCAACAAUGGCACAAAGGCUUCAAAUUCUUAGCUUAAUUUUACAAAAUGAACCUACCGCUGAUGAUGUUAAUAUCUCGGAAGUUGCAAAAGCUACUGAUGGCUUUUCAGGUUCUGAUUUAAGAGAACUUUGCCGCAAUGCUUCAGUUUAUAGGGUGCGUGAUUAUAUACGACAAAAUAAUGAUGAUAGAAGAAGCACCACUGGAACUUAUACAGAUUCAGAAGAUGAAUUCCAUGAUGCUUUAAGGCCGAUUACCAUGGAUGAUUUAGUUUCUUCUAUGAAGAAAAUGAAGGAGUCAAAAGUGCAUUGUGGGAUAUUACCUGUUCGUUUAGACCUAGAUUAGCAUUGGCCAAUUUGUGUAGAUCAUAUUAGAAAUUAUAAUUCUUAUUUAGAAUAUUA